ACAGAUUUGCCUGUCAACCCCAUCAUGCAGAUGGGCCAGCCGGACGCCUCUGCAGUGGCCCCAGUCCCACCGGCGCCUCUACCAAAUCACGGUCACGUCCCCAAUGCAUCUCCAUCAAUGUACAGUCCAGUACCAACUACACCUCCACCCAACUACGAAAAAGUCUCAGAUGCACUUCCACCAAACUAUGGUCCAGUCCCAAGUACCCCUCCACCAGCAUAUAAGAAUGAAGAUUUUCAGGUCAGAAGAUGAAUAAUAUCUUUGGAAUGUUUGACGUUUGCACAAUUUAUGGCGUUGGAAAACCAAAGAUUAUACUUUAUAAGUUUGUAAAUCGAAUGGAUGAGAAACAUGCCUCAGAGUCUUACGUUUUCAUUAUGUAUCAUUUGUUGUGUAUUUCCCCAAAUGACUGUUUUGUUUGAUUUGAUUUUAUAUAAUAAAUUGACAGUUUUCUUAA